AUGUAUCGCGAAUUAACAAUCUCCAGUGAUAUUCCUGCGCGGAAGCUUACCAAAGCUUUCAAGACUGGUAAGCUCAGCCUCACCUCAAGCGAACUAAAGGGUAGUGGUUCAGUCAUCCAUCUACACCCUGCUUCGUUUGAAAAGGCGCUCAAGGCUCGUAAAGCUGGACGCGGUGUCAGACUCGACAUUACCAAGCACGAAGUGAAGAAGGGCUACAAAAAGGCUCAAGGAGGCUCUAUCUGGUCCAAAGUAUGGGGAGGGAUCAAGUCUGCAUACAAAUUUGCUAAGGAGUCAGGUCUACUAUCCAGAGCCGUUGAUGGGGCGGUUCCUGCUUUAUCUACUUAUGCUGGUCAGCCAACGGCUGCUGUUCCAGCCAGAGCUGAAAUCAAGUCCCUAACCGGCAUUGGUAUUUGUGAUUCCGAUAGCGACAAGGAAGGAGGUCGCGUAUCAAUGAAUGACGUAAAGAAGGCUGCAAAGAAUGCUCUUGCAUACAGGAAGCGCAAGGGGGUCAUCACCGACGCGGUCGAUGCUGGAGAGAAGUUCCUACUAUCAAAAGCUACCAAGCCGGAACAUGAGGAUCUAAUCAGAUUUGUGCGAAAGGAGGUUCGUCGCCGCUAUGGUGUAGGCGUAGCAAAGAAACCCGCCCUAAAAACAAUACUCUGGAUGUCUUAUUUUUUUGGACGAAUCAGAAGCAUGAUGGAUACCGACGUAUCUCUAAAAAUCACUUUUAUCAUUUUGGUUAUAGAUACUGAAUGUAAUACUAGCUCGAGCGCCAUUAUGACAGUUCAUCCACGCAUACUGGCUCGGUUUGUAUGA